AUGAGGAAGCCUGCAUGCCAACCCAUUUUAAUAGUGAUUUUAAUUGUGGGUUUUGCAUUUCAUGCAAUUGGAGUACCCAACACAAAAGUAGUGCAAACCCUGUGCAAUGGGAAUACUUACAGUCAGGAUGAUCCAUUCAAGAAGAGCGUGGAUUAUGUAGAGGAGGAUCUGGUGGAGCAGACGGCCUCUGAUUCCAACAAAUGUGAUUACCUCAACAUUUCGCCCUUCCCCAUUUCGUUUGCGUACGGCCAUGCUACAUGCAAUGCAACUCUGUCCGUACAGGACAGGGGGGAAUGUCUGAAGGCGGCGAGGCAGAGUGUGCAGAACACCUGUGGAAGUGCAGUGGGUGCUAGGGUUAGACUUGUGGACUGCUCCCUCAGAUAUGAGGCCUAUCCCUUCUCCGACUAA